AUGGACUUGACGAAACGUUCGAAAGCGGGCGCAAAAGUUGUCGCGACCGAAAUCCAGAUAGGCGAGUGCGUGCGGGUGUGGAACAAGGUUUCGCCGGCGCUAGUGCUGGCCCAAUCGGAGCGUGGCACUUGGCUUUCGACCAUCAACCACGACAACCUCAAUUCCAUGACAAUGAACACGUUUGGCCUUAGUGGCAAGGGACGGAUCACGCAACUAAUCGCCAUCUUCUGUCUGUGGAAAGCAUUGCUCCUCUUGCUUGCAGCGUUCUGUCCAGGUCCUGGCUAUGACACCUCCGCGCUCAUAUUGUUCGACACGUACUAUCGACGGCACCAUGAAUUCACCCUUUUCGCUCGACAUGAGCGUCUCGCUCUCAACCUACUUCGUUGGGAUGCACUGUACUUUGUGAAAGCAGCUGAGCGGGGCCUGGUCCACGAGCAAGCGUGGGCCUUCAGCGGGGCGUAUUCGUAUCUUCUGAGACUAACCGGUCAAUUCAUGGCUGGCAAUACACAGGCCUCCCUGCACUACUAUGUCCUGGCCGGAAUCAUCCUUUCUAGCGUCUGCCACCUUCUCUCUGUGCUAGUGCUGUAUCGCCUUUUGACCUUGGUCCUGGAACCACAACGGCGACGGAUAAUCCCAUUCAUCGCCGCUGUCUUGCAUGUUCUGACGCCAGCAUCUCUGUUCAUGUGUGCACCUUAUGCGGAAGCCAUGUUUUCGCUGUUGAAUUUUGUGGGCAUGCUCUUCUACGCUCAAUCUCGGGCUUCAGUUGGAACAGGAAUGUCUUCAAUCCAAGAGGACCUCCAGAAACUUGGCUCUGGCCUUUGUUUUGCUGCAGCAACACUCAUGCGGAGUAAUGGCCUACUGAGUGGCGUCAUUCUCUUAUACGAUGUUGCAAGGUACAUACCUUUCGUUUUAUCUGCGCAGUUGACUAUGCGUGAUUUGCGAAGGAUUACCGUCACAUGUGUGGCUGGCAGUCUUAUAGCGUUGGCAUUCCUUGGGCCGCAGGUUCUGGCAUAUGCGGAAUUCUGUGACCGAGAGCACGGCUCUGGAACCAGGCCGUGGUGCGACAAGAGCUUCCCAAGCAUUUACUCGUGGGUACAGAGCUACUACUGGUGA